UAUGGAGAACCUUUAUAGAUUGCUUCUGGCAAGUUUAUCCCCCGCCAAACAUGAAAACCCUAUAUAAAUGUCAUCACCUCACCUUGACCGUCCAAUGUAUAUCAGACGCAUCUUCUCCCCAUUCAGAUAUCAGACAUUUUUGACUUGAUACCCCAAUACAAAACACCACGCAGCGUUCUCAUUUGACUACCCCUUUUCAAGAGCAACACUUUCAACCUCUCCACAUAAAUACAGCCAAAUUGCCUUAGGCACAAUCCGACAAAAUGGUUAAGAAGGUCCUCGUCGUUCUCACCUCGGCUUCCGAGAUGAAGAACAAGAAUGGCAACGCCAAGCCUACCGGUUGGUUCUUGCCCGAGUUCGCCCACCCUUACGACGAGUUCGCCAAGGCCGGCUACGAGCUCACCGUAGUCUCGCCCAAGGGCGGCGAGUCCAAGCUCGACCCGGCCAGCAUCGAGAUGUUCAAGUCCGACCCCUCAUCGACGUCGUUCUUGAACAACCAGAAGGACCUGUGGGAGAAGACCAAGAAGCUGUCUGACUACGUCGACAAGGCCUCUGAGUUCGACGCCGUCUUCUACCCCGGUGGCCACGGCCCCAUGCUGGACCUGGCCGUUGACGCCGAGUCGCAAAAGCUGAUUGCCAACUUUUUCGAGGCUGGCAAGCCCGUCGCCGCCGUCUGUCACGCCCCGAUCGUCCUGGCCGACGUGAAGUUGUCCACCGGCGAGUACCUGGUCAAGGGCAAGACCGUUACCGGCUUCACCAACAAGGAGGAGGAGAUCAUGCAGCUCGUCGACUACAUGCCUUUCCUGCUGGAGGACAAAGUCAAGGCCAGCGGCGCAUCCUUCGUCAAGGCUGACGAGCCAUGGGGAGAGAAGGUCGUGGUCGACGGCAAGCUCAUUACCGGUCAGAACCCGGCUAGUGCGAAGGCACUAGGCGAGGCCCUGGUUAAGGUGUUGGGUUAAGUGCACGACAUUGGUGUGGGUGAAGUGAUGACAAGCUUUCUACGUCAUUUAAUACAAAAAGCUUAAUUUGUGAAUGCGGCUCCUUCAAAUGUCCAUCUGAUGUGACAAUGGGCG